CGUGCGCCAGCUGCGUGCUCACCAAGCUCAUCUGCAAGGUGUGCAACCACUGCCGCGACCUGGACCUGUGCCGCGAGACCGACAUCGCCACCGUGGACGACGUCCCCGUGUGCCUGUGCCCGACGUGCGGCGCCGCCUACGACAAGCAGGAGCUGGAGUGGCGCCUCGUGGAGGCCAUGGACCGCCGCGCGCUCGCCUACACCCUGCAGGACCUCAUCUGCAGCCGCUGCCACCAGGUGAAACGCGAGAACCUGUCAACAGUGUGUGACUGUGCGGGCGACUUCGGGCCACUUGUGCCUGUAAAGGAGGUGCACUCCCAGCUGGAGACCUUCAAGUCCAUAGCAGAGUACUACAAGAUGCCACUGCUGCUAGAACUAAUAGAUUUCCACCUUAACAACAUGUGAUAUUUAAAUAAUAAGCAUUAACACAUUCAGUGCCAGCGCGUGCUACGCGCUACGAGCGUAGCCGACAACAUGGGAAAUAUGUAGCGAAAACCCACUACGGACUGAGCACCUGCCUGGCGGGUCGCUGGCAGUGAAUGCGUUAAGUUAAUAAUUUAAUGUUAAAUAAAAUUGUUUUAAGUUUUUUAAA